AUGAAUAGCCUGGCAACCCCUCCUGUCCCUCCCCAUUUCCACGAGCAUACUCGACUCUCCCCCAGUCGAUCCAUGUCUUCAGCCAACCCCUCGAGAAAACGGAAGGCAUCUCCUUCUCCAGACCGAGACGAUGAAAUGACCACAUCUCCCGCCAUCUCAAAUGCCCGACUACCUAUACCACCAUCGUCAAGGAAGAAGAUUCGCCCAAACCUGACUGGACGGCCACUCUCGGUUGACCGACUACUCGAAACACUUGACAAAGACUCGCUUCGAUCGGUCCUGAAAUCACUAUGUGACCGAAACCCUGGACUUCGAGAUGAAAUCAUUCAAGUCAGCCCUCGACCAAGCAUCACUAGCACUCUACAAGUCCUUCGAGAAUAUCAUGAUCGAUUGCUGUCGUCGUUUCCCCUCGACCCCAAUCCAAGGUCCGAUUAUUCAUAUGACCGAGUUCGACCCCAAUGGAACGAACUGCUCGACGCCCUGACCGACUUCACUCCUCAUUUCUUGCCACCAAAUGAGCAGCAAUCAUCUCUUUCGUUGGAAUAUUUAGAUGCAGUUACACAAAUCAUUCACGACCUUCCCGAGUGGGAUACUGUGCAAUACAAUCUCGCCAAACAGAAUGCAUACCAAGAAAUAUCUCGAGCUUGGGCCACCGUCAUCAAAGAAGCAAGCAAGAGAGGAGGAGGUUUUCAAUUACAAUACAGCGGAUGGGAAGAGAAAUUGAGGGCCCACAAUGAAAAGAGUGGCAAUAGAAUGCGAGAAGCCUACGAAGCCCUGGCCGACGCCUUGGGCUGGCUACGCCCUUCACCUCCACCAGCACAGCAAAGCAUCCGUCAGCAAUUAUUUUCAGGUUCAUAUGGCAUGGAACAGCCCAUUAUCCGGACUGGCAACUGGUGA